AUGAGUCUCCCAAGACCUGAGUGGUUCUCAAAAGCCCUUUAUACAACAGAUAUUGGACAGAAUGAUCUUCAUGCUGGGUUACUGUCGCUGACGGAGGAGCAAGUGAAGGCAUCUAUUCCUGGUCUAAUUGAUCACUCUGCUUUGGCCAUAGAGAGGACAGUGAAAAACGUGUUAAUACUUAGAAAAAACUCUUACCGAGCAAGAGCAUUUUGGAUACAUAAUACAGGUCCCAUAGGCUGCCUGCCUUUCGUCGUGAUAUAUAAUCCGCCAAAGACUGGCAAUGCUGACCCAAAUGGUUGUAUGAAGUCUUACAAUGAGGUGGCCCAAGAGUUCAACAAGCAGCUUAAGGACAGGGUCACCCAAUUAAGGAACAAAUUGCAAGAUGCAUUGCUGGUUUAUGUUGACAUCUACAAAGCCAAAUACUCUCUGAUCAGUGAAGCAAAACAGCAUGGGUUUGUUAAUCCUCUUGGGUUCUGCUGUGGGCAGCGUGAGGAUUCCAAUCUUAAAUGCUGGGAUGACACAGUAGUUAAUGGGACCAAAGUUUAUGGAGCUUCUUGCAGUAACCCUUCUGAAUACAUCAGCUGGGAUGAAAUACAUUAUACUGAAGCUGCAAACUACUGGAUAAGCAACCGGAUUUUGGAUGGUUCACUCUCAGAUCCUCAGGUUCCUCCAACGGAAGCAUGUCUCUUGUAUGCUCACCCACAGUAACUGGCAAGCUAAGCUUUGAGCAUGAUCUUAACUCCUGAAACUAGAUUGUGUGAUCAUCUUUGGCAAAGAUUUGAUGCCCGCGA